AUGGAUCCCUCGCCCUCAAUCGCCAUCAUCGGCGGCGGACCAAGCGGUUUAGUCUUCGCCCGACUCCUCGAAGUAAACGGCAUAACCGACUAUGUCGUCUUCGAGCGCGAUGAAUCCUCGACACCAGUUCCAUGUCAACAAGGCGGCACACUCGAUCUGCAUUCCACCUCAGGCCAACUAGCCCUCAAGCGGGCAGGCUUGUUUGAAAAGUUUAGCAAAGACCUUGCCCGUUGGGACGCAGCCUGUUUACGUAUCCUCAAUUCAGCCGGAGAAACAGUCGCCAAUUUUAGCGAGAUUGGGGACCGACCUGAGAUCGACCGUUUGCAGUUGCGUCAGCUGUUACUUGAAUCCAUUCCUCCUCAGAAGAUUCGAUGGGGACAUGGUGUGAGCUCCAUCGAGAAAAGCGCGGAUGGAGAGAAUUCCGCUCAUGCUGAAGAAUGUAUCAUCCGCUUCGUAAAUGGUAACUCGGCCACUGGGUUCCGCCUUAUUGUUGGUGCUGAUGGUGCUUGGAGCAAAGUGCGCCCUUUGCUCACUUCCGCAAGUCCAGUGUACUCCGGAAAGAUGUACAUUGAUUCUGCACUCUCACAAGACAACCCUAGCUAUUCCUUAGCCACCGAGCUAGUCGGUAAGGGGAACACGCUGGUGUUGGGCGAGAGUAAGAUGAUCGCGGUGCAACAGCUCGCUGAUGCUAGCUAUCGAGUGUACAUUGGAUUAGUCGUGCCGGAAGACUUCUAUCCACGAUCUCACUACACCGACUCCGACGCCAAUGCCAGGACCGAGGCCAUGCGCUCUCGCCUGCUAUCUUCCAAUGAACUUUUCGCAAACUACGCGCUCCAUCUGAAAGGUUUCAUCGAGAAAGCAGAAGGUCCCUUCCGCCCGUGGCCACUUUAUUUCAUGAAGCCAGAGACAGUCGGCUGGGAGCGAAGUGCUGCCGCUGGUGUGACAUUGCUUGGGGAUGCAGCGCAUGUCUCUACCCCUUUUGCUGGCGAAGGAGUCAAUUGCAGUAUGUAUGAUGCUGUUAUGUUAGCGGACAGUAUUAUCGAGCACUGUGGAAAGAGCGCAAGACUUGCUAGGGUUGAGAGGUCGUCAUUGGAAACAGCCUUGGCUGCUUAUGAGAAGGAAAUGUUUGUUCGUGGCCAGAAGCUCAUUCGGGAGAGUUCCGAAAAUGGAUUGAAGCUCUUUGCAGAGGAUACUACGCGGUUACUUGAGAUGUUUAGAGGAGACGACGGGAAGGAAGCUGCUGGGGCUGGAGAUGAUCGGCGCAAGUGA